UCUGGUCUCUGUGUCCAGUGCAACGAGAACAAGUCGGACUGCUUCUACCAGACGUACUCCUCAGGAGUGGAUGCGGUGAGGGAGUGGUACCGCUUCCAUUACAUCAACAUUCUGUCCAGGCUGAAGGACACCUUGCCGUCCCUGGAGGAGGACGCCCUGGGCAACUUCAUCUUCGCCUGCCGCUUCAACCAGGUCUCCUGCAACCAGGCGAAUUACUCUCACUUCCACCACCCAAUGUAUGGGAACUGCUACACUUUCAACGGCAAGAGCAACUCCAGCCUCUGGAUGUCGUCCAUGCCUGGGAUCAACAAUGGGCUGUCCCUGACGCUGCGCACGGAGCAGAAUGACUUCAUUCCCCUGCUCUCCACGGUGACCGGGGCCCGGGUCAUGGUGCACGGCCAGGACGAGCCUGCCUUCAUGGACGACGGGGGCUUCAACUUGCGGCCGGGCGUGGAGACCUCCAUCAGCAUGAGGAAGGAAGCCCUCGACAGACUUGGGGGCAAUUACGGCGACUGCACGGAGAAUGGCAGUGACGUCCCUGUCAAGAACCUCUACCCUUCCAAGUACACGCAGCAGGUGUGCAUCCACUCUUGCUUCCAGGAGAGCAUGGUCAGGGAGUGUGGCUGCGCCUACAUCUUCUACCCGCCACCCCCGAAUGUGGAGUACUGUGACUACAGAAAGCACAACUCCUGGGGCUACUGCUUCUAUAAGCUCCAGGUUGACUUCUCCUCGGACCGCCUGGGCUGCUUCACCAAGUGCCGGAAGCCAUGCAGUGUGACCAGCUACCAGCUCUCUGCCGGCUACUCACGGUGGCCCUCGGUGACAUCGCAGGAGUGGGUCUUCCAGAUGCUGUCCCGACAGAACAAUUAUACCAUCAACAACAAAAGAAAUGGAGUUGCCAAGCUCAACAUCUUCUUCGAGGAGUUGAACUACAAAACCAAUUCUGAGUCUCCCUCCGUCACGAUGGUCGCCCUCCUGUCCACCCUGGGCAGCCAGUGGAGCCUGUGGUUCGGCUCCUCCGUGCUGUCGGUGGUGGAGAUGGCGGAGCUCAUCUCCGACCUCCUGGUCAUCACCUUCCUCAUGCUGCUCAGGAGGCUGCGGAGCCGAUACUGGUCCCCGGGCCGAGGGGGCAGGGCUGCCCGCGAGGUGGCGUCCACUCCAGUGUCCUCCCUCCCCGCCCGCUUCUGCGCCCGCCCCGUGUCCCCUGCUGGGCCCCCGCCGGGCCUGGCUCCCUCCUUGGCCUUGGCCGCCCCUCCGCCUGCCUACGCCACCCUGGGCCCCCGGCCCUCCCCGGCGGGUGGGGCGGGGCCCGGCCCCUCUGCCUGUCCUCUGGGGGCCCCGCGAGGGGCGGAGCAUGAUGCUCCCACCAAAGCAGGUGUCCCCCCGGGGGCGGGGGCCAGCCUCGGCCGGAUUGAAGGCUGUUUGGGGCUCCCCCCCGGGGCCACCCCGCUGCCCUCAGUGUGCCAGGGGCAGCGGGAUGGGCGAGGGGCUCAGGAAGGUGCCCCGAGACAGUAG